GGUUGCGUUUAGCUCCAAGACCGGCGGACUGUCCUCCUUACUCCUCAUCAGUACCUUCAGAGCCCCAUCGGGAAGGUUCGAGCGAGCGUCUCUUUAUUCUCGCCUUCCUCGGCCAUGAAACAGACUUUAAGCGAACUCAUGAGGAUGAGCAAGAUAUGCCGGAUGGUACUCGCCACUUGUUUGGGAUCGUUUAUUCUGGUCAUCUUUUAUUUCCAAAGUAUGUUCCAACCAGUCAUGCGCAGGAACCCUUUUGUGGCGGAAGGCUGCUGCGGAAAAGGCUCCCGCAACGCCCUUCGGGAGCUCUACAGCCCCUCCCAGCCCGAGCUGUCGGGAACGGCCCUCCUCCACCAGACCCGACGGGACCAGGUGGCCGACGCCUGUCGGGUGUACAGCACGUCAAGCCGUAAGCGACGGGUCCUCACGCCCGGGGACCUCAAACACCUGGUGGUGGACGAGGACCACGAGCUCAUCUACUGCUACGUCCCCAAGGUGGCCUGUACCAACUGGAAGCGCGUCAUGAUGGUGCUGACGGGCCGAGGAAAAUACAGCGACCCGAUGGAAAUCCCGUCCAAUGAAGCCCACAUCCCGUCCAACCUGAAGACCUUGAACCAGUACAGCAUCGCCGAGAUCAACCACCGCCUGAAGAACUACCUGAAGUUCCUGUUCGUCCGCGAGCCCUUCGAGCGCCUGGUGUCGGCCUACCGCAACAAGUUCACCCUCAAGUACAACUCGUCCUUCCACAAGCGCUUCGGCACGCGUAUCGUGCGGCGCUACCGCAAGAACGCCACGCAGGAGGCCCUGGCCAACGGCGCCGACGUCAAGUUCAAGGAGUUCGCCGAGUACCUGGCCGACCCGGCCACGCGGCGCGACGGCCCGCUCAACGAACACUGGCAGACCGUCUCCCAGCUGUGCCACCCGUGUCACAUCCACUACGACCUGGUGGGCAAGUACGAGACCCUGGAGGAGGACGCCAACUACGUCUUGCGGCUGGCCGGCGUCGCCGACUCCCUGCGCUUCCCCAGCUACGCCAAGUCCACCCGCACCACCGACGCCAUGACGGCCCAGUUCUUCAGCAACAUCAGCACCGCGCAGCAGGUGCAGCUGUACCAGCUUUACAAGCUGGACUUCCUCAUGUUCAACUACUCCACGCCCAGCUACCUCCGGCUUGUCUAGGGAGGGGCCGAGCGAGGGUCUCCUAAGGGGGGGAGUGCGCCGCCAUGUUUUUUUUUUUUUCGACGGCGGAACGUGCACUCCUUUUGCACGCUAGAAUGUCAAAUCGGAUCGUUUGUGGAUGGCGUCGGAGUGAAGCAGGUCUUCCAGGUGGGAGGAGCACGACAUGGAAGAGUCCACGCGAUGCUCCUUCUUGCAGGGUUCAAACAAGCCUCUGCCGGCACCCUCAAGCCAAUUGCAUUGAAUACGCGUCGCGACGGGGACGUCCGGCUUGGAAAUAGGAUGCCAAAGUCGCCAUUUUUAAAUGUUUUUUUCUUUUUCCAAGAUGUUCUACCAGUGGCCUGCUCGCUCGGCACCUCCGAGUGACACCCAACAAAACACCCUUAACACUUUGGGGCCGCCGCGCAGCGUUCGGCCCCCGUGAACGCAUCGGCGAGCGUUCCUAAAAAGAGCGGGCGGCGACACUGGAGCUCAUAAAAGCCCGCCCGCCGACUCUCACAAACCUUCUUCGUGCUUAUUUCCUAUUUUAUUGGCUUGGGAAAGCGUUGCUGCGAGACGGCAAGAAUUAUUUAAACAGCUUUGUCGAUUGACGUAAGAGCGUAUUUAAUGUUUUGUUGGGGUUUUUUUCUUGGAUUGGAGCAUUUAGUACGAUUUUGUCCCUCGGACACACGCAGCUUAAGAACAAAUACCCGUAUCGGUUCUGUCUGAGAAUCUCAGACCGUAGAUCCUGCUUGUAAAUGUGAUUAGCGCUGCCGAGCGACGUCAAGGUUCAUCACGACACUCUCCAUCACACUGUGAAAGUGCAUUUACAUGCUCUUUACGUCAGCAAUAUCACACGGGGGCGGGGGGCAGAGGUGGUCCAACAAUUCCGAACCACUCCUGCUUCCAAGUCAAUGAGUUUUUUGGGGGCGGGGAUAGCUUUUUUAUUCUUUUUUUUUUUUUUUUUUUGUAGCACUUGACAGCAGACAUCCUUAUUUUCACCGUGCAAUUAUGGGCAGGGCGAGCUCUCUUGAAUUUGAAUGAAUGUUAUUCGAAUUGACUUAUCGGACCACCACAGUGCUACAGAUGAGGACCUGCAACGAAUUUUCAAGUCGGCUUUGCGCUCUGGCCAACGUUUGCGUCCACGCAAACGCGCGCAAAAUAAUCAUAAGUUUUGACAUGAUGCUUCAAUGUGCCAUGGAGGAUUAGGGCCACAUUGAAAGGAAAAUAUUACGGAGGCAUGGUCACCAGAUUGAAACCAUAUUUUCUUUUUUUUUUAAUUUAUUUUUUCAUAACGUUAUUUACAUUUUUGAUCUGUUUGAAUUUUUUUUUUUCCUUUUCAGUCUGAGAUGUUUUUUCUCGGGAUAUAAUUGAAUAGUUUAAUAAAUUCAAAUAAAAUGAAUUAAAAACAUAAUCCUAAAAAUUAAAUAAAAUUUAAAUUGUAUUUAAUUUUAAUUUUAAAAAAUUAAAUUAAAUAAAAAAAUAAGCCUAAAACUUUUUUCACGUUUUCUUUUUUGAACAACAUUCAAAUUGCCAACGUCUUGAAAAAGUACGACCGUACAGUUCAAUUAUUUUCCAUUUUCUUUCAAAAUGCAACUUUUCACGUCCUCGUGAUUUGCAGUUAUUUUAUUUUCAGUGCAGCCCACCUCUUGAAAAAAGUCCGACUUUUUGACUUAUUUCUUGUGACUUAUGCGAACUUUUUCCUUUUCAGUGUGGCCCUACAUUUUUUUUCCUUUAGGGAAAAAAAAGGAUGACUGUAUGUAACAUUACAUUUUUUUUUUCUUGUAAUAUUUUGACUUUGUCCAUUUUAUUUAUUUCGCGUGUGGCCGCAGAGACGACUACUGCUUUCACACUGUCGCGUUCACAUUUGUGUGACAAUUUGCCGAAGCCGCCGGUGUCCAACUCCCCCUGAUCCCAGUUUGAUGUUUCCCUGGAUUGUCUCGUGCCCCCCACCCCAAAACCCCUUGCCCCCCCCCCCCCCCCGCAGCAACAAUGGCAGUCUGCUCAGCACGACUCCGCAUGAAAAUUCUCCAACCCCUCAGCUGGAUUUUCUCCCGCUGAUGUGCUGACACCGUCUUACUCAGCACUCGGAAAGCUGAGGCACGACCUUGCUCCCCCCCAGGCCCCACCCCGACCUUCCUGACUCUGUCGUUCAUUUGGCCCCCAGGGACGGAACCACAAAAGGGCCCCUCGUUAGGGGCUUAGCUUGUGACCGGCUCAUGAUAGAGGCGUCCUGUCUGCAUGCUCCUGUCUCACCCCCUGUGCUGAAAAAUUACACCCGGCUUAGGGAAGCAUCGCAAAUCUUCAAAUAGAAAAAAAAACAAAAAAUUGUUUCGGCUACUUUUGUCCCUGUUCUUCACUCCACCGUCUGUUUCCCAGCCCCCCGCCCUAACGAUGUCUAUUAUUAGACUGAAUUACUUUUGCUGAAAUCUUCAGAACACUUUGGAGGACGUUUUUCUGUCAAGGGAGCAGUCGGCGAUGGGGGCUAGGGGGGGUUGAUACAGUAUUUCUGCCUUUACUUUGCAAUUUAUGCACAGAUGCACAAUUUUUUUUUGUGUCGUCGCGAUGAGAGAAUUGGCUCAUUCCGGCAUAAGUUUGCGUUCGGAAAUGAACCGUUGAUGAUUAUUGUUCCAAAUUGGUCAGCAUUGGAUCUCACUGGUUCGCCGCUUACACGGUAAAUGAGAUCGAUCGGGAUCAUUGAAUUUGUCAGGCGGGCUAAAAGAUGGCUCGCAAAUGUAUUGUGGUUGGAUUGUUGUGAAACAUAUUGUUUCGAUAUUGUGGUUUGUUAGUGCCGUUUGGAAUAAAAUAAGUCCAAAUUCUGUA